UUAGUAGGUUGCAUUGUCUUGUCACCCCCCUCUCUUCCCUAUUCUUUUUCCCCACGAUUUCUAUUAAUUCUUGGGAAAAAGAUAUUCUACUUUCUUGGAAUAACUUCAUUUUUCCCACUUUCCUCCGCAGUUUUAGUAAUCUUCCCUACACUCCUUUUCAAGAUUGUUGCUGGGCAUCAACCGGUGGAGGAGCAUUCCACAUUGAAUGAAAGUCACAUGGUUUAUUAUGUAGUGAAAUAGUGGUCGGAAUGAAAAUGAAGACGAUGAGUACUCUUUCUUCUGGGUCUUGCUUGGAAGGUACACUGUAUUUCUUUAUGGUGAACUGAAUCAUUGAGGGACUGUUGAAGGGUUGUUGGACUCUCUCUCUCUCUCUCUCUCUCUCUCUCUCUCUCUCUCUCUCUCUCUCUCUCUCUCUCUUCGGGGAUUACUAGUAGUAUUUUUGAAGGCUUUAGUUGUCCGCAUACUAGAGGAUUCCACAACAGCCAGCUUGUCUCUUUAAAGAUAUUUUAUCGUCUUACGGUGUCAUUCGGCUGUACCUUUCAACGGUUUACUCCCUUGCUCCCUAGUAGAGAGUAGAAGUUCACUUCAAUUGUUCUCGUGUUCAACCUCACACCUUUCUGUUUCUCCAAAGGGAAUUUUUUACACCGCCCAGAACUUUGAUUUCUGCAGUGAUUUGGGUUGCUGAUUUCAGAGCAUCAGAUCUUGGUUCGGUUUUGGGAAUUGGUUGAUUUGGUCAACCCGUUGAUCUGGGUUUAUCUCCUACUCUUAAAGUCAGUAGAGUUUGGAGUUGAGUUCCGGUCAGGUCAGGUUAGAAAAAAUGAAGGCGGCUGCGUUAGUGGCCAUUGCUGCCGCAAUCGGUAACUUCUUGCAAGGUUGGGAUAAUGCUUGUAUUGCAGGAGCCAUAGUGUACAUAGUGGAUGAACUCGAAUUGGAAACUACUGUAGAAGGCCUUGUUGUGGCCAUGUCACUUAUCGGUGCCACACUUAUCACAACUUGCUCGGGACCCAUAUCAGAUUGGGUGGGUCGGCGUCCAAUGCUAAUAAUGUCAUCAGUGUUCUAUUUUGUGAGUGGUUUGGUAAUGUUGUGGUCUCCCAAUGUCUAUGUUCUACUUGCAGCAAGGCUAUUAGAUGGAUUUGGAAUUGGUUUGGCUGUUACUCUUGUCCCAAUUUACAUAUCUGAGACAGCUCCGGCAGAUAUAAGGGGAUCGUUGAAUACUCUUCCGCAGUUCACUGGUUCCGCUGCAAUGUUUUUGUCAUACUGUAUGAUUUUCGGAAUGUCGUUGAUGUCUUCGCCUAGCUGGCGGGUGAUGCUUGGAGUUCUUUCUAUUCCCUCUCUUCUUUACUUUACAUUAGCAGUGUUUUAUUUACCUGAAUCUCCAAGGUGGCUUGUGAGUAAAGGAAGGAUGCUUGAAGCAAAGCAAGUUCUACAGAAGUUACGUGGCAGGGAAGAUGUUUCAGGAGAGAUGGCUUUGCUAGUUGAAGGUCUAGCUGUUGGUGGUGAAACAUCUAUAGAAGAGUAUAUUAUAGGCCCAGGUGGAGAAUUUGAAGAACCAACUACUGACAAAGACCAGAUAAAGUUGUACGGUACUGAAGCGGGCCGCUCUUGGGUUGCCAAACCUGUUACUGGUCAAAGCAGUCUUGGUCUUGUCUCUCGCCAAGGAACCAUGGUGAACCAAAGCAUGUCACUUAUGGACCCACUUGUGACUCUUUUCGGUAGCGUCCAUGAAAAGUUCCCUGAGACAACAGGAAGUAUGCGUAGCACGAUGUUUCCGAAUUUUGGCAGCAUGUUCAGUACAGCAGAGCCUCAGGGCAAAAAUGAAGAGUGGGACGAAGAGAGCCUUCAGAGGGAAGGUGAGGGUUACACAUCAGACGGUGGCGCUUCUGAUGAUGAUUUGCAGAAUCCAUUGAUAUCACGUCAGACGACAAGCCUGGAAAAGGACAUGCCCCCUCCCCCUUCCCAUGGCAGCAUUCUAAACAUGAGAAGAGGUAGUAGUAUCUUGCAAGGAGGAAAUGCAGGAGAAGCAGGUGGUAGUACAGGAAUUGGGGGUGGUUGGCAAUUGGCAUGGAAAUGGUCUGAGAAGGAAGGUGAAGAUGGGAAGAAGGAAGGAGGGUUUAAAAGAAUUUAUUUGCACCAGGAGGGGGUUCCUGGGUCGAGGCGUGGCUCUAUUCUUUCAAUUACUGGUGGUGAUGUUGGUGCGGAAGGAGAGUUUAUUCAGGCUUCUGCUUUGGUUAGCCAGCCUGCUCUUUAUUCCAAGGAUCUCAUUGAUCAGCAUGCAGUGGGGCCCGCAAUGGUUCACCCGUCUGAGACGGCUUCAAAAGGGCCAAUUUGGGCUGCUCUUCUUGAUCCAGGAGUCAAGCGUGCGCUAAUUGUUGGGAUUGCAAUUCAAAUGCUUCAGCAGUUUUCUGGCAUAAAUGGGGUUCUGUACUACACCCCUCAGAUUCUUGAGGAAGCAGGAGUUGAAGUUCUUCUUGCCAACCUUGGACUUGGUACAGAGUCCGCUUCCUUCCUUAUUAGUGCAUUAACAACCUUGUUGAUGCUUCCUGCUAUAGGUGUUGCAAUGAAGCUCAUGGAUAUCUCUGGCAGAAGGACGCUACUACUCACCACAAUACCUGUGCUGAUAGCUUCGCUCGUCAUCUUUGUUAUUGCCAGUUUUAUAGACUUGGGCACAGUUCCCGAUGCCAUAAUCUCAACCAUAUGUGUCGUGCUCUACUUCUGCACCUUUGUUAUGGGCUAUGGUCCAGUACCAAAUAUCCUCUGCGCGGAAAUCUUCCCUACACGAGUCCGUGGUCUCUGCAUCGCAAUCUGUGCCCUAGUUUUUUGGAUCUGUGAUAUUAUAGUAACCUACACACUUCCCGUGUUGCUCACUUCAAUUGGCUUAGAGGGUAUUUUUACCAUUUACGCUAUUGUCUGUAUCAUCUCCUGGGUAUUCAUUUACCUGAAGGUUCCGGAAACAAAGGGCAUGCCUCUUGAAGUCAUCACCGAGUUCUUUGCUGUCGGUGCAAGGCAAGCUGCUGCUUCCAAGAGUGAAUGAUUUGCAACUUUGAACAAAAUCCAUUCGUCCUUCGACAACGCUAGUUGAGUAAAAGAUGAUAUUCAUCCUCCCUCGGAGAGUUUUGAGCAUUAGUAUUGAGUUUGGAAUUUAGAUAUCUUAGUUUCUUUUUGCAUGUCUUUCGUCUUUUGCAAUAAAAGUUUGAAAAAUUGGUAGGAGCUAUUUAUCUGAUGUCAACAACACUAAAGCCGGUAGCAUAUAUGAUAUAUUUUAUUGUGACCCA